AUGGAAGAUUCCAAACACAACGCCAAUGACGCGCUCAACAAAAAAGACAAGAGACGGUACCAGAUCCAGUCGCGCCUCUCAAAGAUGACGCUUGCAUUUUCGACCGAACGCGACAACUACUACCGGUCGAUGCUCCACGACUUGCAGAACACGCUAUCAACGAUGCACAGCGGCACGAACGAGGUAUUUCUUGAGAGCUUGCGCGACUUCGAGGAGACACGCGACUAUGAGAUGACGCGGCUCCGACUCUGGGAGGAGUACCAGGUGCAAUGCGUGGAGCGUGAGUUCCACUCGGACUUGGUAGAAGCCAAGACAGAGCACAACCAGAUGGUGAGGCUCGUUAAGGAGAAGCUCCAAGAGAACUUGGCCAAGAAGAUCAAGGCGCUCAAAGAAGACAAAAUCCUCUUGGACAUGAUCAAUAGCAACACUUCCAGCUCCUCAUCGCAGUUUAUGGCGAACUCCAUGACGAAUCUCGCGUUUGAUAGACGAUCCUUACGCAAAAGGGACAUCCAUCCGAGCCACCAUCUCGACACCGAAGAGGUGUCUGACUCGGGGUAUACAUCCUCGCUGAAGAGACGCAGAGGGGGCUACGGCAGCGGUAGAGACAGUGGUAGAGACAGCCGCCCCAACCACAACAUCCUCGGGCGCGGCUUCAUGGAGGCAGAGAACGGCCAUGCCACUAGCAAUGCGUACUCGUCGAACGACGAAUCUGGAGUCAACAAUGGCAACGGAACCGAUAUCGAUGGGUAUGAAUCGUUGAACAACUUGAUCUUUGGCGAGAAGCAACGCGAGAAGCCAAACACGCGCCACAACGCCAAACCGGGAGAUAAGAUCACCAGUUUGCGGCCAGAGGAUGUGGACGAAGAUAUGGAGGUGUUGCGCGCCGUGGCGAAUGGUGUGAAAAAACGUGAGACCGCGCCGAGCCUCACUCCCAAACGCACCAGACCCCCACUUUACAAGUCCAGACGGUUCUGGUCCUGUAUUUGUGUCUUCACCAUCUUGUAUGUCUAUUUACACCGCUUCAAUCUCUAUCCUGACGUUGCUGGCGUAAACCAGAGUGAUUUACUUGGCCUACCUUCCAGUGAGCUCAAAUACUAUCCCGUGAGUCGGCGGGUGUCGAAGUCGCAUCGCGACUUUCCGUUUAAGGUUGGCUGUAGCGUCCCGGCUGUGGAUGAACCUCGUGCAAAUGCAGCACUUGUGGUGCUAGCGCGCAACUCGGAGCUUCCGGACGUGAUUGCCUCUAUGAAAUCGCUAGAGCGCCAUUUCAACCAGUGGUUCAACUACCCGUGGGUCUUUCUCAAUGAUGAGCCCUUUACCGAAGAGUUUAAGGAAAAAGUCAAGGCAUACACGGCAUCAGAUGUUGAGUUCGGCGUGAUAGAACCCCAGCACUGGGACUUCCCCGCGGGCGUGGACCGCCAGCUCAUCAAAGAGUCCAUUGAGUAUCAGGGCGACAGAGGCAUCAAAUACGGUAAACUCGAGUCGUACCAUAAAAUGUGUCGCUUCUAUUCAGGAUGGUUCUUUAAGCACCCGUUAGUGGCGAAGCGCGACUGGUACUGGCGGGUAGAGCCGAAAGUGGAAUUCUACUGCGAUAUCACCUAUGAUCCCUUUGUGGAAAUGGAAAAACGUGGCAAGAAGUACGGAUUUACAGUAAUGAUCAAGGAGCUUGUCGACACCAUCCCUAACUUGUUUCGUUACACGCAGCUGUUUAUCCGUAGCCACAACGUCACUGUGGGGGAAACGUGGGGACUAUUUCUCCGCAACCACCUACACAUCCACGGAGAUCACGCAUUUACUGUAGAAACAGAAGAAGAAUUACGCGAUGAGAUCGACUUUGAGACGCGUCUCCAAAAGUUACUUGACAAAAGGCAUUCCAUGAAGGACGGAAUGAUUGACAAGAACCUUCUUGAGCGGCUCGUGAAGGCCAAUGCGUCCCCGUCAAAGCUUAGGCGCGAACGCUUCAAUGCUCAGGAGUAUAACAUGUGCCAUUUCUGGCUGAAUUUUGAGAUUGCACGCACCAGUUUGUUCAACUCGACCGAAUACCAGGCGUACUUCAACUUUUUGGAAAACUCUGGAGGGUUUUACGCCGAACGCUGGGGAGAUGCGCCGAUUCACUCUCUUGCCGUAGGUAUGUUCUUGGAGUUGGACGAUGUCCACUACUUCCGUGAUAUAGGCUAUAAGCAUUCGACACUCGGACACUGUCCCGCCAAUGCCAGGGGCAAGCAGCUUCCGUAUGAGGCGGCAGAGUCGUAUACUGCUCCCAAGAGUUUGAGGGAAUACCUCUUUGAAAGACCUGACCCCGCGAGGCUGUACGGAGUCGGGUGCCGCUGCCGCUGUCCUACGAACCACCGCGAGAUUGAGGAUUCUCUGAGUUCCUGCAUGAACAAGUGGUUCGAGCUAAUCGACGACAACUAUACAGAGUCUGUGGUGGAUUUAGCAGUCGUGAGGCGCCAACACUCGGUAGAAGUCCAGGAUGAUAUCGAGCGGCAUGCAGGGCAGAUUGUAUACGAUGGGCCGUGGAAGAAGAAGAAGUAG